AUGGAUUGUGAUCAUUUUAUCGGCCUGUGUGGUCGGUCGCUAUUCGCCGAAGAGUAUCGUGGGGACCUAGACGCUGCGGAAGACUAUCUUCACCAAAUGCGGCCCGAUGAAACCACAUCAGACUUGACCAUUCACGCGGAGCAUCUCCGAUGCUCAGCGGUGCUUGCAUCGCUCAAAGGCAGGCCGGCAGACGCGUAUAAGAGCCUUUCCAAACUGAGUGUACUUCUUGAUCGAUUACCCAAGGAAUGGGGCUUGCGCUACGCCAAUUACAAAGCCCUCAAUGACUACACUCGUCGCUUUCCUCCGCUUAUACGCUUCUAUCACGAAAAUGGCAAGCCAGUCGACAUAUCUAUGCUGGCCAAUGUCCCAACCCCGGGGGAGAUGACGAAGAGCUUCAUGGAAGAUUCUAUCAAAUUCGCGGAUGCCAGUCUCCCUAGAGAUCAAUCCUCCUCUUUGGUCUUGAACGCAGUGAUGGGAAUCCCAUGGCGGAUACGGAACUUGGCGUACACAUUUCACCCGCUCAGUCCAAGAAACCCAACCGAGGCAUCCAGAGAGAAUCUGCUAGAGGAGGUCUCAAAGUCUUGCGAGUACUUUGCCAAGUUUCGCGACACGGCGGACUCGCAAGGUUCAACGGGAGUUGGCACCUACUUGCUUCGACUGACUGUGGAGGUACAUCUCGCUUGCCAAAGUCCUCUGGCUGAGACUUUCCUGCAAGGGCUGUACGAAAGAUGCGAGCUGUUGGGAGAUACCGCCGGCAUGGCUAAUGCGAAGAUGAUGGAAGCAGAUAGCCUGAUGAGUCCACCGUUUGCUAGUCCGCUGACGCUGAAUAUGAUCAUUGCUGAUGUCACUACUUCAACAAUGACUGAUGUGUUAUGGAGCCCAGUGGAGUCACGCUUGAGACAUGACUAUCCCCAGCUCGUCCGUGAUAUGCAUGAGAAAGCUCUUGAGUUGUUUCGACAAUCGAACUCCAAGCGCGGCCAGGCUGCUGUAUUACUACGACAGGGAUGUUGUCUUCAUGAUCAGGGUCGCCACGAGCGGCUUCAUGGCCGAGAAAUAACCAAUGUCUUGAAGGAAGCUAAACAGAAACUCGAACAGUCACUGAAACUAUUUGGUGUUGAUGAAGCAAACACGCACCUGACAAAGACCCAUGUGAUACUGUUGGAAAUCUCAAGGGGCAGCCAUGGCAGGGUCAAGGCGAUGGCAAAAUCGAUUGGACAUUGGGGCACUGAGGCGCAGAAUGAGAUAACGACGCACUUUCUGGGAAUGCUGAUGUGUAGAUACGCCCAUCAGGAAUGGUUCAAGUUCUCAAAUCUGGACAAUGCUAUCUUGGCAUGGGAAUGCGCUUCUGAAGUAUUCAAGCCCCUCGGGGAUAUGAUACCGUUGUAUCAAUCACUGGUCAGCCGCGCCAGUGCACAAUACGACAUGUUCAACAUCGAUGCAUCUCAGAUACUCCUCGAAAAAGCGCUGGCGAAAGUUGAUGGGCUUCUGGAGUACUUCGACGGAAUCAUCUCCGCGAUCCCCGAUGACCCUUUGGGCAACAUAGACCGCUCAACCCUGAUGACAGGAAAAUUCCAGUUGUUGAGUACCCUUGAUAGCGUGAUGAGUCAAAGCUUCCGAUUGAGCGAGAGUCUUGAGAAAUUCAACGAGUGGCGCGCUAAAUACGUCCGCCUACUGGAGAAUGACGAGAGCUUUAUUGCAUUUCGCGAGUCCUUGGAAAAUGGAGAGAUGAUUCGCGUCACUCACGAGAUGCUUCCACUGCCUGAGGCGAGAGUUAAAGGUUUAUGGCGCCAGAGUCUAGCCGAGACAGCCGCAAAUGUGCGAUACACUUCAGCAGAAGUCACUUUUCGUCGACUACUGGGAGAAGGAGAUAUUAAGAAAGCCGAGCGUGAAUUUCGUCGUUUUAUUGAUGACACAGACAACGAAGGGACCUAUGUCGACAAUUUCUAUCGUGUUCUGGCGUGUCAGUUGAUUGGAGAUCUCGGCAAAGCCCGGGAGAUUUUCGACUCGAUGACCGACGACGACAUUUUCAGAAAUCAACUGAAUGACCUUCAGCAAGGUGUGGGCGUGAAGGAGUUUUUUGACGCGAUCGGUGUGAAUGCCAUAACCUUUGCGGUCUUUGCAGGGGAUCAAGAGCGCGCAAGGAAAUUUAUUGACUUGAUCUUGGAAAUUCAGCCUCACUUCUUCGAUAGGAUGGAUGAUGACGCCAUGGGAUUCGCUCAUCGAAUUAGCAGCUUCGGACAAAUCAUGAGCCAAGAACAGCCCGAAGUCUGCUUUGCUAAGCUCCUGGAGGCGUAUCGCAUUCUAGAAACUCGUCGCGUUCAAACCAAAGAUCUUGAUGCAAGGAUAAGCAGUUCCAAUCUGGGAUGGGCACCAGACGUGUACGCAAACCUCGCACGGUUAUGUCUCCGAUGGCAGAAAGAGGAAAAACCCAUUAGCUUUCUGUCAAUGUACGAGCAUGGUCAUUUUGACAACAUUUCCUGGGACGAACAUGCUCUUCUCUUUGUUGAGAUGAGUAGGGCACGAUCUGUGCUUGAAUCGAUUCAAACCCAAGCCAAGGGAAUCCAUCCAAAGAACGACAGCAGUGAUAUGACACCGCUCUCAGAAGCCAUCUACAAAAGACGACUUUUGAGGUCAUUACUUGCCCAAUCACAACUGAGCCCUGAACAGGAGGCAGAGGCAUCUCAGUUGCGCCGUGAGAUCGACGAUCUGGAGAAAGAUGGAAAAUUGUCGAACACGACGUCGUUCAUUGAAAAGGUCGACACUAUGACUGAGCCGCGGUUGCUGUUCCAAAGUAUCGAUAAAGGGGCCUUAGUACUUGAGGCUUCUUUCACCCCUCGUGGACAUAUCUCAUUCGCGAUCACGUGUGAUGGGAUUGCAGGCACACACCAAGGGACCACUAAUACGACUUCUAUGCGAAGAUUGGCUAUGCAGGCCAUGCAGAUCUUACAGAACUUGACUGGAGAUAUCAGUCCAGGAGAAGAAAGCCGCAAGACUGAACUGAGCAGUCUCACCAAACAAAUCUCCGCAAUAUUGUUGGAACCCUUCGCGGAAAUCAUCGAGAGCAAGAAGCACGUCAUCUUUUCAGUGUCCGAUCCCAUGACGGCUUUCGCAUUCGCCUGCCUUCCAUUUAAUGGAAAGCCACUUGUAGCGCAUGCAGCAGUAUCGCAAGUUCCGAGCCUCACAGUUCUCUACCAUCUUUCACAAAGAAAGUCCGUCUCGGAAACCCCAACGGUCUCUGUGAUUGCCAAAUCGCCUGUCGAGAACACAGCUGUGGGUGCCGAUCGCACUCAACAAGAGGAUAAUCUGUACAUGGCAGGAAUUGAGGCCGUCGCCAUCGCGCGCGCAUUUAACACAAAACCAAUCGAAGCUUCCCAUAUGACCCGAGAAGAAUUCCGAAAACACGUCCAGGGAGGUUCUUUGGUUAUGCAUGUUGGAACGCAUGGAACCCUCAAUCACCGAUGGCCUCUACUAUCAUCCAUUUCCAUUGGAGACGGCGAGCCAUUUCGGGUCAUUGACAUGUCUGCCAUUCGCAGUAAUGUCCACCUCCUCGUCUUUGCUGCCUGUCUCAGUGGCCUUGGCAAAGCCACCUUCACCAGUGAAGUACUCGGAUUCUCCCACGUCGUCUUGAGCACCGGCUGCCAGGCGUAUAUUGGCUCGCUUUGGAAAGUGAGUGACUUUGCCUCCAUGAUGAUCAUGACACUCUUCUAUCGCCAUCUCCGAGCCACACCUCAUCUAUCUAUUGCAAAUCUCAUGCAGAAGGCUCAGAUGGAAGUAAUGAAGCUCAAUGACGAGAGCGCAGGCAUGCUUUUGAACACGAUUAUGGAGAACUGGUCGUACAGAGAUGCUAGUGGGUACUCGCCGGAGGACUUCGUGCCGCAUGCGGAGUUUUGGAUUCUCAUGAUGCGGAUGAGGAUCGCUGACAUGGAUUGGACAAGCCCUUUCUUCUGGGCUCCUUUUACCUUGGUCGGUUAUGGGGGGUUGUCUUUCGUGCAUUCCAAUUGA